AUGGCAGUACAACCCGGAAAGAUUUACGAGGGCCUGCCGCUCCUCUUUGGCAGCUUCUUCGUUUCAAAGGACAGGGAGGAACGACGCAAGUGUGCCGUGCUGCUCUGCACCAUCCUGCUCUUCAUCCUCUACAACUUUUUCCUCGUCUGCUCGGCCCUCUUCUACGACGGCCCCUUCUUCACCUUCCUGCGCUCGGCCGCUCUCACCUACCUCGUGGUGGAGUUGAGCCUCGUCGUGCUCCUCUACUACACGCAGAAUCUCUACCUGGUCACGGCGCUAUUCCUCAUCGAUAUCGACAUGGGCACUGUCGUGGUCUGCUUCAACUUCGGCCUCGUCAGCGAGUACAUGCUGUGGCUCCUCUUCAUCCCCACGCUCCUCUUCUACAUCAUGGGCGCCACGGCCGGUCUGCGGUCGCUCAUCUUCAUCGUCGCCCAGAUCUCCCUCUUCGUCUUCCUCUCGUGCUACGUCAUUCCCCCCUCCGAAGAGCUUGUCCUCCUGCCGCCCGUCCACAAGUGGUUCGUGGUGGUGAUGAGCUACUUGAUCGUGGGCACGACGGCGUUCGUGCACGAGACGUCGCGGUACCAGGCCAUAGGCAAGCUCAAGAGCGCCAUCAAGGAGCGCGAGGAGGCCCACGACCAGCUCCAGGAGGCCACCCACGCCAAGAGCCAGUUCAUGGCCAACAUCAGCCACGCGAGGCACGACCCGACGCGCGACAACGCCGAGAUCAUCCGCGACUGCGGGGAGCACAUGCUGGCGCUGAUCAACAACAUCCUCGACAUCGAGCGCAUCGAGUCCAAGCGGCUCCAGCUCGAGUGUCUCCCGUUCAAGCCCGUGCAGGAGCUCGAGGCCCUGCUCAAGGUCUUUGCCGCCCAGGCCGAGCAGAAGCGGAUCCAACUGCGCAAGUGCGUCGACGUGCGCUACCCCGUCCGCAUCGGCGACCCGCUCCGCAUAAAGCAGAUUCUCUUCAACCUGGUCAGCAACGCGAUCAAGUUCACGGGCGAGGGCGGUACGGUCACGGUGCGCAUCAUCGACGAGAGCGAGGACCUGCGCGUCGAGGUCGAGGACAACGGCAUCGGCAUCGCCGAGGAACACCUCUGCCAACUAUUCAAGGCAUUUUCGCAGGUGGACGCGUCGAUCACGCGACGGUACGGCGGGUCGGGCCUGGGCCUAGCCAUCAGCCAGCGGCUGUGCGAAUCGAUGGGCGGCCAGAUCCACUGCACGUCGGCCUUCGGGCGCGGCUCCAAGUUCUGGUUCACCGUCACCCUGCCCAUCCACUCGCAGGAGAUGGAGAGCUUCCUCCUCCUCUCCGACGAGGCCGAAGAGCACGUCUCGCCCUGCACCCCCUCCGAUGAGCUGCCGUCGCGGAGGGUGCUGUUCGUGGAGGACAACAUCAUCAACCAGAAGGUGGGCGUGCGGAUGCUGCGCUCGUUCGGCUGCAGCGUGCGGGUGGCCAACAACGGGCUCGAGUGCAUCCAGGCCAUGGACGAGGAGGAGUUCGACGCCGUGCUCAUGGACUGCCAGAUGCCCCUCAUGGACGGGUUCGAAGCGACCCGCAAGAUCCGCGAGCGCGAGCUCGCCCCCUUCCGGCCCUGCGCCGUCGCGCCUUCAGCGGCCGCCUCGCAUCAGCCCAAAAAGCAGGACGAGCAGGCUGUGGUGGCCAUCCACCCGGCGCACCCCAACAAAGCGAUGGUCGAACGCGACGGCGACGGCCGCACGACGACAAUGACGAACACGACGAAGAAGAAAGCGACGUCGACGUCGCCUACAGUAGAUCGAGAAGCCGGCGGACAGUCAGCCAAGACCGAGCAGUCGAGCGAGGGCGGCCGGGCCAGCGACAGCGACAAGAACACGUCGUCGGACGAUGACGCGGGAGCCGACAGCCUCGAGGUUCAUCAAGAAGACGAGGGCCGAGAAGAGGAGGAAGGCAUUGGGGAGCGGCAUGGCGGGACCAAGGCCGAGAUCGGUCACAUCCCAAUCAUCGCUCUGACGGCGUCGGCCACGACGGAGUACCGGCGCAAGUGCAUUGACUCGGGCAUGGACGACUGGCUGCCGAAGCCGUUCGACAAGACCAAGCUGUGCCACAUCCUCAACAAGUGGCUCACCACCGAAGACGAGCGGAGCAGCUGCGGUUCCUGCAGCGAGUGCAGCUCCGACGACUGCUCGGAGGACGGCAGCGAAGCAAGUAGUAGUUAG